AUGGAGCUUAACAAAAAUGAAGAUUGUUUUCAUUGUUGGAGGGGCAAUUUAAAUUUAACCCACGAAAAAGUUAAAUUAAACAAUCCAAAAUACUGCUGGCUGUAUCCAAAACAUGAACGCAAAGAAUUGAAAAAUAUUUUGCCAAAUUUUGAAAAUUGCAAAACCUCCAUUUAUACGAAAUGUGAUUAUUAUUUAGAGAAGCAUGCACAUGAGAUAAUAUUACAUUUGGAGAAACUACUUAAGGCCUAUAAUGAACUAACGUAUAAAGAAUUGCAAUCUCAAAAUCAAUUGAUAGAUGAUAUAUGGGUAAAUUCGCAAAAGUAUUUAAUAUUAUCAGGAAAUGGACUUUGUGUUAAACCCUAUCCAGAUAUUAUAUCACGUAGAUAUGAACAGGAACUAAUGCAUACAAUUUGCAGUAAAAUAAAUAAAAUUCACAAGUCUAUCGAUCGCCUUGCUAAAUCCUUGUCAAAUAUAAACACACAAAUGAUCGAACUAAAGAAACGCUGUAGUAAAUUGGAUCAUAAUGUAAAUAGUCCAUUUAUACUGGGAACAUAUAAUCUGAAAUCAUUGGGCUAUACACGGAAACUAAUUGAAGACCUCUAUGAAUAUUUCCAUAAGCAAUUGUGCAAAUUAAAAUGCUGGGCUCAAUUAAUUGCACCCGAAGAUCCAGUAUCUAUUGAAGAUUAUAGAACAUUAAUACAUCCCUGUAAGGAAUAUGAAAAUCGCAUUAUGGAGUAUUUAGAUUCAUGUAAAUGUAUGCGUUCCAAGAGAAUUAAUUGUGUAAACGAUAACAACUAA